GGUGCGUGUUCACUCUCCUUUUACGUCUAGUGUCAAUCUUCCCGCCAUGGUGACGCUCGAUGAUGCCGUACCAUGUUUCCUCAAGGUGCCAGGCCAUGAGGAGGCGGAGAUCGCCCUUUGCGUCGAUGAUGCUAUGACAGGGCUUGAUGUGAUCCACUGGGAGCAGAUCUGGGAGGAAGCGGCUCCUGAUCGCCCGACGCAUGGGAACCGACUCCUGUCGGUUCAAGACCGGAUGAUUGCGCCCCAUGAGCUGGUACGCCCAGCUCUCCCUGAGUCUUGGUCUGGAUGUGUGACGCUUGCGGAUUACUCUCAACUUGGCCCAACGGAAGGCAAGAUUUGUCGCAUCAGCGCCACUGAACUGCGAGGCAUUAGAGUGGCGCAAUUGCACUCUUUGUUGGUGUUCAUCAAGGAGAUGGCUCCCUACUGGUGUGAAACAUUUGGUGCUGAAGCCGGACAAGCACUUCUGUUUGAGAAUUUCAAUCUUUACAAUGCGAACCAGUGGAUCAUCCAGCCCGCCACUGAGGGCCGCGGAGGAAAUAUGAUUCAUUUGAGCAAAGUGAUGAGCCAAGUGGAGAAGGGUUGCAGCUAUGUCGAGCUGGUGAGCAUGGAAGCAGAGGCCCAGCGUCCCCACUGGUUCGUCUCCCACGCAUGGAAGGAGCCGAUCGUGAAUUUUGUCUCCUGCUUGGAAAAACAUUUGGCCGUACGGGGUCUUUCACCAGAGAGCCCCUAUUGGGUUUGCGCCUAUGCCAACAACCAGCAUACCCUAGACAAAGAAAUUACGGAAGACCCACGGGAAACUGCCUUCUACCGUGCCAUGAAGGCCAGUGAAGGUGUACUUCUAAUCUUGGACAAGGAUGCAACGCCAUUUUCGCGCAUUUGGUGCUGCUUUGAAGAGAGUGUUGCGGUCGAAGAGCGCAACUCUGCCACACCCUUGCUGCUGGACCUGGCUGCUGUUGCAUCUUUCGAGGCUCACGUGGUCACGGAUGGCUUGGCAGGAGUUGAACGCCAGAUGAUGCCACUC